AUGGGUUGUGAUUCAGAUAGAUUGACUGAUCAAAGGGUUGUCAGCCCCAUUGAAAGACAACGUGAAGAAUUAGGAGAAGGACGGGAAGAGCUGGUGCUAAGGUUUUCCAAUUGUGAAUACCAUCAUCUUUCAAAGAAGCAAAAUUCAAGACAACAACAGAAUCAAACGGAGUUGUACUUCAACAAGGAUGGGUCUGCUGUUAAGAGACUGCAAAGUGGUGUGAACAGGCUUGCGGAUCUUGUUGGGGUUACUCUUGGUCCGAAGGGCCGGAAUGUUGUUCUAGAGAGUAAGUAUGGCUCCCCAAAAAUUGUUAAUGACGGGGUGACUGUGGCUGGAGAGGUUGAGUGGGAAGAUCCAGUAGAGAACAUUGGUGCUAAAUUGGUUAGACAAGCAGCUGCCAGGACCAACGACUUGGCUGGAGAUGGGACAACCACAUCUAUUGUUCUUGCGCGAGGUCUUAUCACCGAGGGUGUAAAGGUGGUAGCAGCUGGUGCAAACCUUGUUCUGAUUACCAGAGGCAUUGAGAAAACAACAAAAGCUUUGGUUGAAGUGCUUAAGCUAAUGUCUAAAGAGGUUGAAGACAGUUGAAAAUUCUAAGUGAUUCGUGAUUAGAUCAA